GCACGAUGCGGGUCUUGAACGCCGCCACCAGUUUGCUCGUUUCCGCGUCGUUUUCAGGGCGAUCGUUGUACACGCCGAACUUUAGGGUGUCUCCGAUCUGCAGCAGAUUGACCCAUGCAACGCCAGCUCUGCAUUUUGCUACCCGUCUAUCUUCGGAGGUGCUGCCUCUAUCGGACGCUGAUUCAGUAGCAGCUCGAAAAUUUGUUGAUCUUGUGGGGCAACGCAACGGCAACACGAUGACUAUUAACUUGUUAACGUCCGCAGAUGGACCAGUUCCAAGUGCGGAAAUUUACUAUAUUUAUCUGUUCAUGUAUGUCAACAUUAGAUAUACUAUAUAUGUAUUAAGAAUUUUUGCCGAAGUGUCCGACUUCUCUUCCAACUUCCACACGCUCGCAGAGCAGUUUGGUUCUUCUGAUAAUCAACUCAAGCUUGUCGGCAUCCUUCGCAAGCUUUGGAAUGAUGUCGUUGACCCCAUUGUCCAAGCUCUCAGGCAGUCAAAUGUUUGCCCUGGUUCGCGUAUAUGGUGGUGUCCCACUGCUGAGUUCACGCUGCUUCCCCUCCAUGCAGCAGGACCCUAUGAGAAGAGGAAAGACAAUUUGUCUGAUAUCUACAUCUCAUCUUACACCCCCACUUUGACGACUCUCAUACGUGCCAGACAGCAGGUUUCUCGAGAUACGUCCUCGCAACAUUUUGUCGCCAUCGGUCAAGGCAACCCGGUAAACGGGAGGGAGCUCAAAUGUGUCACCUCUGAACUAGCCGCUGUCGCUCAGCAUGUUACUCCCAUCAUCUCCUUUACAUCCCUCGAGGAUGCCAACGCCACAGUCGAGAAUGCACUCGAUGCACUUGAUCAUAAUCAGUGGCUCCAUCUUGCCUGUCAUGGAAUGCCGAAUCGGACACAACCGUUCGAGUCUUCAUUCGCCAUGCGCGACGGGCCUUUAAUGAUCAAGGACAUCAUCCGAUCCCACUGGCACAACCCGCAGUUCGCAUUCUUAUCAGCCUGCCACACUACCGUUGGCGACGAGAAGAACCCCGAUGAGUCGAUCCACCUUGCUGCCGCUAUGCAAUUCUGCGGAUUUCGCAGUGUGAUUGGUUCCAUGUGGUCUGUUGACGACGAGGUUGCACGCCAGGUCGUGUCUGCUUUUUACCGCAACCUCAUUGAUGAUUCAAAAAGAUUAGACUGCAUGCGCGCUGCGAUAGCGCUACACAAGGCCGUGAAAUCGUUGCGCAAGAAGAAGAUUCCAUUAGAGCAGCAGAUUGUAUUUGUCCACAUAGGUGUGUAG